AUGCUUCAGGUAAAUGCAAUGGCUUUCACUCCGAAUGGUUAUCAACUCGCUGUUGCGGCAUUCCAAAAAGUGAAAAUAUACGAUAUGACAUCAUUAAAACCCUCUAAUCACAUCACUCCUUUGGUGUGCUUUGAACAAAUAAUGAAGAAUGUCACAGCGGUCGGUUUCGAGGUAGGUGCCCAAAGUCGUUGGAUGUUCACUGGUGGAGAGGAUCAUUCUUGCAGGGUAUAUGAGAUGCGAGUUAAUCAACUAGUCUGUCAAAGAGUAUUCGAUAAUUUAGAUCCAGUGACUAGCGUGGUUAUCCAUGGGAACCAAGUAGAGCUGUUUAUUGCGGACCAGGCAGGUCAAGUAUACGUCUGGGAUUUGCGUCGGGAUGGGCAUAUGCAGCUACCAAUGCCCCCGCUUUCUUACCAAGAAUUUGUUACAAAUCUUGCCAUACAUCCCUCAGCUAAUCUUUUGGCGGGUGUAACAAAUAGAGGGUAUUUGAUCGUAUGGGAUUUGAGUAACGGAUCGGAUGAGUGGGCGCAGAAGGUGAAUUAUAUCGAGAGAACAACUGAAACAUUCGCUAAGCUAAAUCUAAUUGAUACAGGCAAGCGAUUGCUUCACAAAUCGUACGGACUCAGCUGCAGGUAUUCACCAGAUGGCAGAACCCUUGUUACAACAGGUGCCGAUAAUAUUAUCAACAUACUCGAUUCGUGUGAUACCUCGUUGAAGUCGACUAUAGAUGCGGGAUGUGACUGGAAUUGGAGUUCAGCGUUCACUUGUGAUUCACGGUUGCUGUUCACUGGUGGAUCAGACAAUCGUGUAAAGCUAUGGGAUUUGGAUUCUGGCCAAAUGGUCAUGAAAUACGAUGGACAUACGAAACCAAUCACAGCAUUGUGUGUUUCUGAUGUUCCUCUGAGAUAG